AAGCAUAGCAUCAGCGCAACGUAUCUUUUACAUAACAUGUCUGCGGUUCGCUUAAGCUAUCGCGAUUCCACCAGCUUCCAGAUCAUACUUUGAUACACAGCAUACACCAUUUCUGACCUUUGAGCCACCGUGCUUCGCAGCUCUGACCCAUCGAUCCGUUCGACAAUGACAGCAAACCUAGGCAAGAUCAACUGCUCCAGGUUCUACUUCGAAUGGAAAGGCCAUCAGAUACAAGAUCUCACCACGUUUCGUGCUAUCACUACGGAGCACAGGCCGAACAAUCCUAUCGUAUACCUUGCAGGCGACUCCUCACUUGACAACAAGUACUGGGUGAGCUCUGAUAAGGAACUUCAAGUCAAGACUCCUGAGAUAUACAAGCACACGCUAGACAAGCCUACACCUAAACCCGAUGUUACAUUCUGGAUGAACCACCUGCUUGGCGACCGGGCGACAUGCAUCAACACUGCGGUGGAAGAAUCCAUGCUUCGUGAACGAGAUCAAGAGCUACUUACGCACGACAAGUUCAUCCGUGACAACAUCCGUUCAGAAGACGUGUUAAUCGUCAGUGUGGGCGCUAACGACAUCGCCCUCAAACCACUCCCAUGCACCAUACGACACAUGCUCCUGCUGGCCUGGGCAACUCCCCGAUCAUCGCUUGAGAAAGGAACCGCAUCGUCUCUCAAGUACUUCCACCACAUGUUUGGCAACAAGAUCCAGGACUAUGUCGACCGUAUGACUGCCAAAACAAGACCACGAGCUGUCAUCAUCUGCAUGAUCUACUUCCCGCUUGAAUCUGGUCUUGGUCAGCAUAGUUGGGCGGACACUCAGCUCAAGACUUUGGGAUACAAUACUUGGCCCGGCCAGCUCCAAACGGUGAUCAGUACAUUGUACAGGACGGCGACACAGAACAUCAAAAUUGAAGGAACUGAAGUAGUGCCCUGUGCGUUACACGAAGUCUUGGAUGGGAAGACAGCGAAGGACUAUACUGCCAGGGUCGAACCCAAUGAGGAUGGUGGAAAGAAGAUGGCAUACAAGUUCGUUGAAUUAUUGAGUGGUAUCUGGCGACUCCCAGAGAACCAGAGCCUUGGUCAAUGAUCACAGAGAAAAUAUGUUUCUUUGACAAUGUCUCACCC